AUGGCCGCGGUGCACAAGGGCGAGGGGAACAGGGCGUUUCAAGAGAAGCGAUUCGAAGACGCGGUGGCGUCGUUUUCGCGCGCGGCGGCGCUGGAGCCGAAAAAUUGGGUGUUUUUUAGUAAUCGGAGCGCCGCGUACGCCGAGCUUGGGCGGUACGACGACGCGUUGGAUGACGCGAAGGAGACGAUUCGAUUGAACUGCGAGUGGACGAAGGGGUACGUUCGACUCGCGACGGCGUGCUCGGCGCUGGGUAGGUUGUCCGAGGCGACCGCGGCGUGGAGGAGGGCGUGCGAAUUGGACGACGAGAACGCGUCUUUGCGGGAAUCGCUCGCAAAAGCGGAAGCGGCGGAAGAGUCGUCCUUGAAGGAAGGCAAGUUCAAGUUUCAAGGGUCGAAGCGUAAAGAGACGGCCGGCGACGGUGAAGACGUCGCCGGAGGCGAUGUGACGGAGGCGAAGAAGAAGAAAAAGAAGCCGCCUCCCGCGACGCUGUCGUUUGCGGAUGACGACGGGUGA